AUGUCUUCAUAUGAUGUCCUUGUCACCGGUUCAGCAGGCCACCUCGGCACUGCUCUCAUGCUCUUUCUUCCUUCGCUUGGCUUCACACCUUUUGGCAUUGAUAUCCUGCCCUCCUCCACCACCACAUGCGUAGGAUCUAUUACGGAUCGAGCUUUCAUCAGCUCCAUCUUAAAGUCCCACCCCAUCAAGCACGUCCUGCACGCUGCAACAUUGCACAAGCCACACAUCUGCAGCCAUGAUAAUGAGGACUUUGUCUCAACGAAUAUUCUCGGAACGCUAGUCCUCCUCGAAGAGUCAGCCAAAUACAGCCACCGGAUUGAGAGCUUCAUCUUCUUCAGCACGACCAGCACAUUCGGUAUGGCACUCAGUCCCAAGCCAGGAUUCCCCGCUGCAUGGAUCGAUGAAACUGUCGUCCCCGAACCUAAAAACAUAUACGGCGUGACAAAGGUCGCAGCGGAGGAUCUCUGCGCGCUAGUCCACAAGCAGAGCGGCAUGCCAGUGCUGGUUCUCCGGACGAGCCGCUUUUUCCCCGAAGAGGACGAUGACGAGGGGCGCCGCGCGGCCAUGGACGAUGAUAACUUGAAGGUUUUGGAGCUUGCUUAUCGCAGAUGCGAUAUGGAAGAUAUCGUGCGGGCGGCGCUCUGCGCGAUGACGAAAGCGAAGGAUAUACGCUGGGGAAAGUACAUCGUCAGCGCGCCUCCGCUCUUCAAGAAUGAUGCGCACACGCUCGACAGGCUUAACCGUAACCCGGCAGAGGUAUUUAACGAGAUGUGUCCGGGUUUAGGCGCCGUGUUCGAGAAGAAAGGGUGGAAGCAUCUCGCGAGGAUUGAUCGGGUGUAUGAUUCGAGCAAGGCGAUGAGGGAGCUGGGAUGGGAGCCACAGUAUACGUUUGAGAAGACGGUGGAAAGGUUGGCAAUGGAUAGAGAGUGGAGGAGUGAAUUGACAGCGAAGGUAGGCAGGAAGGGAUACCAUGCUGUGAGCACUGGGGUUUAUACAAAGCGAUAG